AUGAAACGCACCGUGCCGUCUCCGAAACGUCGGGGGCUCAUCAAACAUGACCCUUGCCAACUCGAUCCGCAGUUAUCCAGGUUGUGUCCAGAGGCUAUUAACGUUAGCGAGGCUAGUGCCAGAUCAAUGAUUGAAAAGAUUAACUCCGAGCACGCUGAUAGACACUUGGCUUUCCGAAGCGUCGGUGACCAACUCGAGCUUCUGAGGCUUGAGGCCUUGCGUCUCAAGAUGUUAGAGUCCACCAAACCCAAGUCUGACCUAGCCAGUGAAAUGUAUUCUCAAGACACGGCCCAGGUCUCAAUUGCAGGCUUGAGUCCCACCGGAGAACCUGGUCCCACGGUCCCACACUCAACGCGAACCUCGAUGCGAGCCCGUGCUUCAGUCCUGAGCGAAAGUGAGAUCAGUGUUCUUGAUCUCGGUCCCAGUAUGCAAUUUACCCAUCUUUCAACUCGAAACUCUCGCUGCAACUCCUCCUCUGCAAGUCCGCAUACUGGAGUCGGUCUCACCCGUACUACUGCUCCUAGCUUUGUGCCGGGGCCUGGCAGCGACACUUCGGAACAACAAGUUGAACGUCACCUCAGAACAGACGAACUUGAAUCGAUCGCUCUCACUUCCGCCAGUGGUUCCAUUGACAACGAAUUCCCUCUGAACCUACGUCAACGCCGCCAGAACCAACCCAAUAUCACUUUGCCCAGCCCCCAGGAGCUGCGUCCCCAUCGUGUAAACCGUUCAUUUACCAUCAGUGAUGUUCAUGGGUCGAGAGAUGAAUCUGGCUACGACCCCAGCCCUAAUUCGUUUGCCGACGAGCCCACUCGCAGGAUUUUCUCGCUCUCUGUUCCACAAUCUCCUCAGUCUCCAGCUCUGCCACCCCAUCCAACUCUACGGCGUUCUCAGAGCUCGUUUAAUGGAAUGGAACCAGCAUUUUCAGCAAUGCGCAACGCAGAGCGGGCGAGAAAAAGCAACAACGAUGCUGCAGGGGCCUGGGAUGCUGAUCUCGAGUAA